AUCGUAACCAGAAAACACAAAUCCAGCUCCCCUCCCGGAUCUACCACGAUUCUGCGACAGCGAGAGCGGGAACCCCAAACUCGAAACCCCACCCCCCGCGACGGCGACGGAGAUGGCCACCACCGGCGACGAGCACGUGACGGCGGCGGCGGGCGAGGAGACGCCGCUGCGCAAGGCCGCGGAGACCACCGAGCUCUCGGCGCCCGACGGAUGGACCAAGAAGGUUAAUCCCACUCGACCUGGAAAAUUUGAGGUUAUUUUUGUUCCACCAACUGGCGAGGAGAUCAAGACCAAGAGAGCUUUAACGCAAUACCUUAAAAAGAACCCUGGAGGCCCUGCGGUUUCAGAGUUCAACUGGGGAACUGGUGAUACUCCGAGACGGUCCUCACGGCUGAGUGAAAAGGUUAAGCCCGCCGAGAGCUCAGAAGAUGAAAGGCCCGCCAAACGUGGAAGACCAUCAAGCUCUAAGAAAGGCAAAACGGGGAAACAGGAGGAUGAAGAGGAUGAAGAUGAGAAGCCUGCCAAGCCCGCCAAACGUGGAAGACCAUCAAGCUCUAAGAAAGGCAAAAAGGGGAAACAGGAGGAUGCAGAGGAUGCACCAGCUGAAAGUGAAGAAGCCAAAGUGACUGAUAUUGACGUGGAGAUGAAAGAUGCUGAGAAUGCUCAGGAAGAGAAGAAAGAGGGUGACAUUUCCCAGGAAGAGAAGAAAGAGUCUGAUACUGCUCAAGAAGAGAAGAAAGAUGUCCCUAUGGUAGAUGCUGCAGAGAAGACUGAAGAAGCUGAAGUCAAGGCUGACGUCUCAGAGCUUCCUAAGGCUGCAGAAGCUGCAGAGAAGACGGACGAACCCGAAGUCAAUACAGAAGUCCCGGAGCUUCCUAAGGGUGAAGAUGCUGCAGGGGAGACAGUAGCCGCCGAAGUCGAUACACAAGUGUCGGAGCUUCCUGAGGUUGCAGAUGCUGCAGGAAAGACAGAAGACGCCGAAAUUGAUAUAGAAUUCUCGGAGCUUCCAUUAGGUGCAGAUGCUGCAGAGAAGACUGAAGAAGUCUCGGUGCUUCCUAGUGAUGUGUCUGCCCCUGUAGCAGAGAACAAGGGAGAUGGAAAGCCAGCUGAGUCUGAAGUAGCAGCUCCCCUGGAGGGCGAGAAAACUGAGAACGGCCCGGCCAUGGAAUCUACAGGGCAGCCUGCGGUGGAGAAGAAAGAAGAGGCUGAUAGCACUAUCAACCCUGUUACGCCCCCUCCAGUAGAGGUAAACACAGACGCUCCAGCAGCAGAGGCAGCAAAAGAGGCAGAUAACUCGGCGGCUCAAAAGGAUGACCAGACGAACGGUGUCAGCGUGGACAACAACGGGCAGAUCCAGCUAGGUGGCUCGCCAACCGUGAAGUGCACCUGAGAGCCAGUUUGAUGAGACUUGCCUCUGUAUGGUUAGGACGAAAUCUUGCAUUUGCUUUGAGAACUGUAAUCGUGUUUAAACUGACCGCGCCCCAUAAUUUAGGUUCCUCCGCAUAUACUUUACUGCAUCUGUUGUCUUAAGCCCUGUAUGGGGCAGUAGGCUGGCCCUACGCCGCCUCGGCCAUUACUAGCAUUUGUAACUUGUUAGAGCGCACAUUAAUCUCAGGAGGAUAUUUAUUUACAUAAUACUCUUCUAUUGUUGUAA